UUCGAAUCCUGACGGUUUCAAACCCGAUUUGGAGGGGUUUUAGGUCGAUUCGUUCCCAGUCCCAUUCUCUUCUCCUCUCUGCUUGCAGCUGCUUCUGGAGGUACUUUACCUCUAGUAGUAGAGCCUUUCUCGAAAAUGUCAGAUGGUCAUGAAACUGAUAAGAACAUUGAGAUAUGGAAGAUUAAGAAGCUGAUCAAGGCCCUGGAGUCUGCAAGAGGUAAUGGCACUAGCAUGAUCUCUCUUAUUAUGCCACCACGAGAUCAAAUCUCUCGAGUUACCAAGAUGUUGGGCGAUGAAUAUGGAACUGCUUCAAACAUCAAAAGUAGAGUGAACCGCCAGUCUGUUUUGGGUGCAAUCACCUCAGCUCAACAGAGACUGAAACUCUACAACAAGGUUCCUCCCAAUGGACUGGUUCUAUACACAGGAACCAUUGUUACGGAUGAUGGGAAGGAGAAAAAGGUUACAAUAGAUUUUGAGCCUUUCAAGCCCAUCAAUGCAUCUCUUUAUCUCUGUGAUAACAAGUUUCACACCGAAGCAUUAAAUGAACUUCUGGAAUCUGAUGACAAGUUUGGUUUCAUAGUUAUGGACGGAAAUGGAACACUUUUUGGGACUUUAAGUGGCAACACGAGAGAGAUACUGCACAAGUUCACUGUGGAUCUUCCCAAGAAGCACGGUAGAGGAGGACAAUCAGCGCUUCGAUUCGCUCGGCUUCGGAUGGAGAAGCGUCACAAUUAUGUUAGGAAAACAGCUGAGCUAGCAACCCAGUUCUUCAUAAAUCCAGCAACGAGCCAGCCAAAUGUUGCUGGAUUAAUUCUUGCUGGUUCAGCCGAUUUCAAGACCGAGUUGAGCCAAUCUGACAUGUUUGAUCAACGUCUUCAGACCAAAAUACUCAAUGUUGUUGAUGUUUCUUACGGAGGAGAAAACGGUUUCAAUCAAGCUAUUGAGUUAUCGGCAGAAAUACUUUCAAAUGUGAAGUUUAUCCAGGAAAAGAAAUUGAUUGGAAAAUAUUUUGAGGAAAUUAGCCAAGACACAGGCAAGUAUGUCUUUGGUGUGGAUGACACAUUAAAGGCUCUUGAAAUGGGUGCUGUCGAGAUUCUAAUAGUCUGGGAAAACUUGGACAUCAAUAGAUAUGUGCUUAAGAACAGCGUUACAGGAGAAAUUGUCAUAAAACACUUGAACAAAGAGCAGGAAGCUGAUCAGAGCAAUUUUCGUGAUGCAGCUUCUAAUGCUGAACUUGAGGUCCAAGAGAAGAUCUCUUUGCUGGAGUGGUUUGCCAAUGAGUACAAGCGUUUUGGUUGUUCUCUUGAGUUUGUCACUAACAAAUCUCAAGAAGGUUCACAAUUCUGUAGGGGGUUUGGUGGCAUUGGUGGUAUUUUGCGUUAUCAGCUUGAUAUAAGGUCUUUUGAUGAGCUAUCUGAUGACGGAGAUGUGUAUGAAGACUCUGAUUAGAAUAUGCCACAGGGUUUUCGAUUUCCUCUGGAGAGCGGUAAGCCUUUUUAUUACUCUGAGAAAAACUGCAGUCCUGAAGAAGUAUCGAGGAUGAAUUUUGCAAAACUUGAGAUUGUUUGAUGCUUGAAAUUUGAGUUGUUUCUUCAUGCUUGAUUAAAAUUUUUCCUUUUUGUCAGAUUGCUGAGGAACUUUAGCCAUGUAUUCUGUGGAUUGGUAAUGUACUUAAUUGUGUUUGCAACUUUGAUCCUGCAGGGGAAUGAGUUUGUGAGAUUUUUCGUUUUCCUAUA